CUAGUUUCAACCAAGUGUGUCUUGUCUUUUGCUCAUUGACCACAUCGUAAAUCAUUGACUCGAUUCAGGUAUGGAUGGGGAUGUUUAGUACAAGCCAUGUUUUGAAGAACGUUUCCCAGUGACGGAAUUUCCCGCAUGGCCUGUGCAUUUGCUGUAACUUACAGCGCCCCGCAUGGAAGGGGAAAUACCUUAUAUGGUAACGGAAGUGGGUGUGGCCAACAGGACAGUAAGGGAUCACAAGACUUCAUCUGAAAGAGAAUGUGUUGUUCCAUACUCCGUGGACGAGUGAACUAGAUUGUUUUUGGGCGAUUUGAUUCGCAUGUGCGUGCAAUCAUAACGAAAUCGAGUGCAAUUGUUUUGGAAAACGCCACGCCAUUUUGUCAAAGAAGCCCUCCAUUUCUCGGUGGUUUCAUUUGCACAAGGAUCUACCUCUUGACUUGAAUAUUACUGGAGUGAGGUCAGCAUUGCAUGACUCAAUCGUGGAUAAGCAUGCAGUCAUUUCUGUACUGUUGCAUUGGACCUUGGCUUGCAUUUGUUCUUACUUAGGGCGACAUGAAGCGCAGAAAAUAACUAUGGUUGUCUCCCAUGAAUAAGCAACAAGUUAACCUAAAGACUUCUCAACCCAGCUUGGCAUCCCAGGACCUGAAAAUUUGGCAGUGAAGAAUAAAAGCAAAUAGACAUGUUUGAGCUACACCAUACUGAAACUACUAUUUCUGCACAGGAGAUGCUGCAGUUUUGUAUUUUAAAGCUUAUUUGCAUUUCUACUAUGUUGAGUAGGUUUGGAUGACCAUUGACUGCCAAAAUACUGGAUAAAACUAGGGUUCUUUGUCAAGGGCGAUACUCUAAGACUUUUGAUUAAACCAGAGAAAGCUUAGUGUGGUUUGGGGAUUUGAACUCUUGUCUCCAUAACCACCCACUCCACCACUCCACAGAAUCUAUAUUCAUGAAAGUCAUGAGUUUGCAACCUCAACCGAAACCAAACGCAAAGAGAACGGGCAAACGCAUCACUUUCUUCAACGAUCAGGGUGUGGCAAUGAAAGAGGCCUCUCAGCAUACAGAGGCCUACUAUGGCAUCCCUCCCUCAGGGCCUGGCCAUAAUGACAGUGGAGGUGUGGAAGGCUCGAAUGCAGAAGCACCACAUAUGUACCUCAAUUCUGUCAUUUUCAGCCCAGAGAAGGGUGAUCAAAGUCGUGGGCACUACCAACAGACUGUGCCCAUGAAGUGGUCACAUCAAGACCCGUCUUUGCAGCCCCAACAGCGACCAAACAGUUGGUCACAGGGUAUAACAGCAUGGUCCCAGAACUAUGCCCCUUACCUGGGGGCUCAGACUGUAUUUGCAAAGCAGAUGCAUGAAGGCAUGUCAGUACAACAGCAGCAGCCCGAGCCAUCGACUAUUAGGGCAACUGAAAAACAAGGCGCUAACAUAAGUGGAGAUACCUUCAGGGACACGACCAAACCUGGCCGGGGCAUGGACUGGGAACAGCAGCAAGCUUUUCAGCAGACUCAAAAGCCUGGAAUGUUAAAUCCACAGCAGCAUGGACAGUCCACCACUGGAAAUUCGGUGCUGCAACCCUUUCAGUUAGCUUUUGGACAGCCCAAGCAGAACUUGGUAGCAGGUUACUAUCAGGUAGUUCAGGGCAAUCGGACCUUGCCAAAUUUGAAUUACAGUACACAGACGAAUUCUCAGCAUCAUCUUCAGCAACUACAGGAACAGGAGCAACAGCAAAAGCUGCAGAUGCAGCGACAGAUGAUGCACCAUCAACGGCAGCAACAGCUGGAACAGCAGAUACGACAGCAGACGCAACAGCAACAGGUACUUCAGCAUCAAAAACAGUCACGACAAAUAUCCCAAUCACAGUUACAGCAACAAGCACAGCAACUAAAUAAGACUCAGCAACAGCAACCACAACAGCAUAUGCAACAGAUUCAACUGCAACUUGACUUGGCGCAGCGGCAAAAAAUAUCUGAGCAACCUCAUCAAAACCAGCAUGUAUUGGAAAAUUACUCUGAUGGACAGCAGCCACGUGCCCCUUCACUUGAUCAGCAUCCCCCCUCAUUACCAGGACAGUCCCAAGAGACCACUAAUCCCCCAUCAACACAGACUAAGGACUCUGUUCCUCAGCCUCCUGCAAAUGUUCCCCAGCAAUCCACUGAGAGCCAACAGCCUGGGCCCCGGAGAUCACGUCGGCUUUCAAAAGAGGGUGGAGGCCCUGCCUCAGAUAACCCAUUUGUCAUGCCGACUGAUCUUCAUGCCCAAGGCUCUCAGAACGGGGCUUCUGAGACCAUUGCGGUGCAAGACAUCCGGGCCGCUCCGACAGGUGUAAUCCAGAGCACACGCCGUAAGAGGAGGGUGUCGCAAGAGGUCAACCUGGAGACCUUGGCUCAGAAGGCUUCGGAAAGGGAAUCUCUUCCCUCGCGGAAUGUCAAGCAAGAGCCACACAGGCCCUGGAGCCCCCCUGUUGCCCCGACAGGUCCAGGUCGAGGGGCAGCUGAGGUGGAGCAGAUGAGUGCCAAGCGGCCCAGAGAUGACAGCCUCAUGCCGUUGGUCAUUCCAGUAUCUGUGCCAGUGAGGCAGACUGAUUCCUCAUCCCCGGAUCACGAGCAGGCUUCCCUUUCAGCUAGUUGGCCAUCACGGCCUUUGGGCGCCCAUGACAUGAGCUUCUCCGAUUACAAAACCUCUGUGAUUGUUACACGACGACGUUCACUGCGGAACUCUCUGUCUGAGAGCUCAGGCCAGAAUGGUGGAACAGAGAGUGGAAGUGAAGCUGACGCCAAAUCAGCCAAAGCCAAACGACGGCCUCGUCCAGAACCGCUCUUUAUUCCCCCACCCAAACUUGGCACUUUCAUCGCUCCACCGAUCUACUCCAGCAUCACACCUUACCAGAGUCACUUACGUUCACCUGUCCGAUUGCCUGACAACCCCCUCAACAUGCCGCCUUACACUCCCCCGCCCAUCCUCAGCCCGGUUCGAGAGGGUUCGGGUCUUUACUUUUCCACCUUCCUGUCGGCCGCUGCUGCUGCUGCUGCAGCAAAUAAUCAAGGGCUGCCUCCACCUGCCACUCCCAAAUCUGCCACCCGCAGCCUCCUGCGCUCCAACAGCAGUGAUAUAACUCCUCCAGUUCUCACUGCUAUGAGUGAGGCUACACCUGUCAGCAUUGAGCCUCGGAUAAACAUUGGAUUGCGGUAUCAGGCGGAGGUCCCAGAGCUGAGAGAGCGCUUGGCAGCGCAGCACGACCUACACAAGGCUGAACUGGUGUGGGCGCCACUGCCUGACCUGGAGGCCAAUACUCAGGAACAGCAAAGAGUGGAUGACCUCAUGCACCUGGCGUGCUCGAGUGCGUUGUACGGAGGAGGGACCAAUCAGGAACUGGCUUUGCACUGCUUGUAUGAAUCCAAGGGUGAAAUCAUGGGAGCACUUGCCUGUCUGUUGUUAAAAAAACCCACCUUUCCCAAAGCGCACCCCUUGGCUGACUACCACUACUCUGGCUCUGAUAGCUGGACGCCAGAGGAACGACGGAUCUUCAACAAAGGCAUCGCUGCCUACAAGAAGGACUUCUUCAUGGUUCAGAAAAUGGUGAGCUCCAAGACAGUGGCUCAGUGUGUGGAGUUUUACUACACGUAUAAAAAGCAGGUGAAGAUCGGCAGGAAUGGAACGCUCAUAUAUGGAGAAGCAGAACCACCAGAAACUAAACCCACAACAGAGGAGGAAGUGGACAAUAAAAGUUCACAGAAGUUUGAAUCACGGAAAGAAGACGAGGAGAGCAGGAAGUGGGAUGUGUCAUGUGACAGGAAACAAGAAAACAGCCUGGGCAGGGUGACACAAACUCUACAGGCCACUGAAAAUGCUCCUGCCGUCUUAGUCUUAAGAAGUCAGGAGGACAGCACUAAGGAUCCGUCCACGUUGGGGGUCAGUCAUCCUCCUCCACCACCACCACCACCAUCUAAACCUCGCUCUGAAACCACAGGCCGGAAAAGUGUGGCUGGCAAUACAGGAAAAGGACAAACUAACCAAGAGGGUGAAUUUCCCUGCAAGAAGUGUGGCAGGAUCUUCUUCAAGGUGAAGAGCCGCAGUGCCCACAUGAAGAGUCACGCCGAGGCGGAGAAAAAAGCAGCUGCGCUCCGGCAGAGGGAGGCCGAGCAGCGCGCGGCAGCCGCCAUGUUAGCCGCCCAGCAGAACGGAGCGAUGGGGGAUCAGGGCAGAACCAGGAGAGCCAGCAGCGACGACUCCUCGGAGGAAGAGGAGGAUGCAGAUGAUGAAGACUGGCACUAGCUAACAAUCUCCUUUGUAUGGCAGAGAAAAGACUUAUUUAUUUAGAUUUUACCAGCCAACAAAAUCCCAUCCCGAAAGAACAGUUUCAGGGACUAACUCCCGUCGAAUGUUUGUGUGAGUGCGUAUGUGUGUUACGUGUGUAUAUGAGACGGACAGAGACCGAUGCUGUAGAAGCAUUCAGGGGCUUCAUGUUCAGAUAUAGGGCUAUUGGGAGUGUAAGCCAUGCCAUCUCAGUGUGAGUGUGUGCGCGCGCGCGUGUGUGUGUGUCUAUAAAAUGCACUUUCGGACUCAUCCAACACACACUGAUCUGACCGCAGCACAUCUAUCCAGUGUCUGUGCACAGAACUCUCUCCGGUGAAAUGAACUAUUAUGGACGUAGACGGACACAAAAGCAAGUGUGCAUGCGUGCUUAGUCUUUUCCUCCUUUUUGGCAAUGAAAACGACGGCAUCUUUCUCUUCCACGUGACUGCCAAACGCUUGCACAACUGUGCUUGUUUGCCUGGUCUUGAUCUCCAGUGCUGUAAUUUUGGGCUUUCUGUUUUCAGUAUCUUAAAGGUAUAGUUCCUCCGAAAUGAAAAAUUCUGUCGUUUUUCUCACCCUCGUGCCGUUACAAACCUAAAUGACUUUCUUUUAUCCGUUGAACACAAAAGUUUAGUGGAAUGUUCAUGCUUCUCUUUGUCAUAUAAUAUUGCUUAAGGGCUUUCAAUUUCCAAAAAG